UCACGUGUCAGAUCCCCCCCCGGUGGAGCUGAAGUUUGCCUUGUCAGAACAUCACGGAGCUCCAACGGAAACGGACGCGUGGGUUUCUCUCCGCCGACCGGACGAUGGAUAUUAUUUUCUCCCUACACGGCGCACACUGACACUAGCUGACACGGUGAAGGAGCCACUUCUCUUCCGCUCUUUCUUCCGCUUCCUUGGAUUAUUCUUCAUCUGGAAGAAGAAGAAGGAAAAAAACGUCAAUUUAAAAAGGGAGAGGAACUAGAAGGAGGAGAUAUUGGGAACAAGAGAAAGAAAAGCUGGACGGCAGAGAAGGAUCGGUGCUUGCGCUACACGGCAAGUCACGACAUGCUUCAGGGGAUUUGUAAUUUCAUAUCGAUAAAGGUGGCUCUGCCUGGCUCUCUAUCAUGACUGAUGGCGAGGGGAGGGUCCGCUUCCACUACACCCCCACCUCCUCCGCCCCCAGCCCCGCCCCCAGCCCCGCCCCCAACAUCCAGCAGGGAGGGGAGGAAGAGCGUUGCCAUGACGGAGAGGUGAGGGUUCUCAUACCGGCUCCGUUUUACCGGGAACACAACCCCCCGGGACGUCACCGCCACGACACCGGCUUCCCUGAUGAUGAUGAUGAGGAGGAGGAAGAGGAGGGAGGCAGCAACACAUGGAGACCAGGGCUGGAGGAGGAGGAAGAGGAGGAGGGUGCAGGAGUAGCUGCCCGCUGUGUCCCGGGGGCUCCCGGUGCCGUUACCAGUGGUAGUGGUGGCGUGUCCGGUAACAUGAGGAGGGAACCGGUAGACCCAGUGGACCUGGUGUCUGAAGAAGAGGAGCAGCAGCCGUAUCCAACCCUGGCCCCCAUAGUCUUCUUCUGCAUCAAACAGACAACACGUCCUCGCAGCUGGUGUCUACGCAUGGUCUGUAACCCGUGGUUUGAACACGUCUCCAUGAUAGUGAUUCUCCUGAACUGCGUGACUCUGGGGAUGUUCCAGCCCUGUGAAGACGUCACCUGUCAGGCAGAGUGGUGCCUCAUACUACAAGUGUUUGAUGACUGUAUCUUUGCAUUUUUCGCGGUGGAGAUGGUCAUUAAGAUGGUGGCUCUGGGGAUCUUCGGUUCUAAGUGUUACCUUGGCGACACCUGGAACCGACUGGACUUCUUCAUCGUCAUGGCAGGGAUGAUGGAGUAUUCUCUAGAAGGACACAACGCCAGCCUGUCAGCUAUCAGGACCGUGCGUGUUCUGCGACCGCUCCGGGCGAUCAACAGAGUCCCUAGUAUGCGUAUCCUGGUGACUCUGCUCCUAGACACUCUCCCCAUGCUGGGGAACGUCCUGGCGCUCUGUUUCUUCGUCUUCUUCAUCUUCGGCAUCGUCGGCGUGCAGCUGUGGGCGGGGCUACUGAGGAACAGGUGCUUCAUGGGAGAAGACUUCAGAACGCUCUAUAACCUGUCGUUAAGUGUGUACUACCAGCAAGAGGAGACAGAGGAGGACCCCUUCAUCUGCUCAGCAAUUCGAGAGAACGGAAUGUUGCGUUGCCAUGACGUCCCGCCCUACAGCGAGGGAGGGGCUGAAUGCUCGCUGGCCGCGCCCUCCGGGUCACUUCCUGUGGGCUCUUUCUUCAUGAUCAACCUAUGCCUGGUGGUCAUAGCCACCCAGUUCGCUGAGACGAAGCAGCGUGAGAACGCGUUGAUGCGUGAGCAGCGAGCCCGCUACAUGUCCAAUGACAGUACUCUGGCCAGCUACAGCGAACCAGGAUCCUGCUAUGAAGAGAUGCUGAGAUACAUCUCACACCUCUACCGCAAACUGACCCGACGAUUACAACGCAUUUACACUACCUGGCACAGGUAG